CCUCGCGACGAGAGCCUGCUCCACACCUCCGCGCGAGAGACUCCUCUCUUCUUCUUCUCGCACCUUUCUCCCUCACCGCUUCUCCUGCGCCGUGUCGUCCUCUCGCUCACCUGCAAACCGUCGCGCGGGAUCGCGCGUCGCGCGCGCGCGCCUCCACCGUCGCUUUUUUUUUCCCUCCCGGUGACGCCGAGACCGCGUGUGUUGCCACGAUUUGGAGGUUUUAAAGGGGAGCCCGAGGGGAGCCAGGAUAGUGUUAAAGGGACGUCGGGCCGGUCAUUCGACGCUCGCGGGAUCUGGCAUUAGAGUCAAUUACAGAGUCGUGACGACUGACGAUCCACCAAACAUGUUACGUGUCGUGGUCCUUCUGCUUUUAUGUAUCGCCGCUACUUACACGCCUGGUCACUGCGAGGCGAGGGCUUCGCGAGAUGUCGAGCACGCGAGACUGCCGGAGUUCCUCUCGGAAUUGGACCUGUCGAGUCUCGAGGCAUCCGAGGAAGACGUCGAAGCGCUGAAGAAAAUCGUGAAAAGGCUGGCGCCGGAGAAGAACGGCGAGUACCAAGUUUACCAAGUCUUCUUCGGUAACGAGGACCUUCUCAAGGAGUGGCUCAAAGGAGCGGGCGUGACGGGACAGCCCGGGGUGGAUUACCCAGCCCUCACGUCGAUCCCGGCCACUUCAUUCAGCUGUCGCGGCCUGAGAGGCGGAUAUUACGCGGAUUUAGAGACAAAUUGCCAAGUGUUUCACAUCUGCGACAAUGGACGCAAAAUCUCGUUCCUGUGUCCCAACGGCACCAUCUUCCAGCAGUCGCAGCUUAUAUGCGACUGGUGGUUCAAAGUGGACUGCAGCAAGUCGACGGAGCUGUACGAGCAGAGCGCGGAGCAGUUGGCCGAGGAGGAGAGGAAACGCGCGGACGCGAGGAAGAUGAAGUCCGAGUUCCAUCGCACGCUGGUCGGGCAGCAGGACGGUUACUACGAGAGCGCCGACUACGACGGCAGGCAGAACGGCAGGACGAAUCCGUACGGUCAGGAGGUGUCCGCGUUCGGCCCGAACAACGUAUUCGACGACCGUUACCACCAUCAGCGGGAGAAGAGCGAGGCAUCGGGCGAGAGGACGACGAAGCAGUCGCGACGGUACCACGAGGCCGGGUCGAAUUACCAGGCGGGCAAUCACCUGGUGGACGCGAGCGGCAAGUUCCAGGACAGCCGGCCGGGCGAUCAGAGCGCGUACGGCGACGCGCACCGGGCGAACUCGGGCCGCGAGAAGCCGAGGAACUCCAAGUCGCGCGGCCCGACGCGCAACAACCUGCUCGGCUCGAGUCAGCCGCAGAAGGCGACCCCGAGCUACACGGAGACGACGACCUUCCGGAGCACGACCGCGUCGCCGCCGAGGGAGUUCCAGCAAUUCGCGGAGAGCGCGGCGUUCGUGUCGAAUCGGGGGAACCGGUUGAACGACGGCAAGUCCGACCGGCAGUUUUACCACCACUCGUACGAGCAGCACCGCCUCGAGGACCGCGAGACGAGCACCGUGACGCAGCGGGAGUUGGACGAGGACAGCAACAGGGUGUCGUUCACGCCGAAGACCGGCGCCCCGCAGUACCCCGGGCCGACGUACGCGCCGAUCUACAAGCCCAGGACGACGACGAUACCGGCGUACGAGACGACCCUGCAGUACGCGCCGACGACGGGCUUCUACAGGCAGGAGGAGACGACCACCGGCGAGCCGGUGACGGCGUCGACCGACUACCCGACCACCGAGUCUACGACUUACCCGCAGACGCCGGCGUCGAUAGGCCGAGUGCCACCCGCGGCCAACUACCCGCAGCAGUACGCCGACGCGACCACCCGGCCGAACACCGAGAGCUACGAUACGUCCGAGGCGUAUCCUUCGUCGACGCCUUACGAGGGCACGGAGUCGUCGCCGAGCUUCCGGCAGAACUCGAUCAGCUCGACCGAGAAACCGUGGCGGAGCACGAACGUCUACCAGCAGAGCGGCUCCACCGGCAAGACCCUCAGCCCGUACGACACCAGCUUCACCUACAAGCAGGGCAAGGUGCUGUCCACCCUGGGCCCGUACGUGCCCUUCACCAAGAACUACGUCUACUCGUCGACGAUGAGCAGCACGCCGAGGCCGGCGAUCACCGCGUCGACCUACAGCCCGACCAUCGCCGAUUACCGCAUCACGACGAGCAAUCUGAUACCCAAGGUGAAGUCGACGAGCAGACCGAAGGACCGGGCGACCUACCUGCCGGAGACGAGCACCGCGCUGGAGGACAGACCGUACGCCGAGCGCGAACACGCGCUCAGCAUGCUGCAUUCCCUCCAGGGUCUGGAGAGCAAGGCGAGCGAGAAGAGGCCGGCGGCCCCCACUUCCCGGAACAUUCCCUUCGGGCCGUCCACCCUGCACUCGUUGGCCCUGUACUUCGCCACGGCCGGCGACGACUCGAACGAGACCGCCGAGCAGCCCGGGGAGACCGGCUCGGUCGAGCUGCCCACCAGCAUCCUCACGCAGCACACCAUCGCCUCGUACGCCGAGCUGUUCAACCUGAACAACGCGCUCGAGGGCAACGGGACGGAGAGCGAGCUGACGGCUGAGGCCGACGACGACGAGGUCGGCGAGGACCUCGAGAUCGAGGAGAGCGAGGGGCCCCUGAACGCCGCGAGGAAGACCAACGGCACCAAGCUCCGCGAGCUGGCCCAGGUCUUCACCCACGCCCUGUCGGCGUACCUGCAGGAUCCGGACACCUUCAAGAAAGUCCUGACGGAGAUCAGGCCGACCGAGCCGACGACAACGGACGGCGGCCAGUCCGCCGACGCGACGACCUUCUACCCGACCACCGUGGAGGAGUACUCGUCGGUGACGAAGGAGAAGGACGAGGUGCUCGACUUCUCGGACGACUCCGCGAGGAGGCGCAAACCGGCCACCACCACCGACAGAUCGCACACGACGUCCCACGACGACUAUUACUCGACGUCGGCCAGCCAGACCACGCGGAAGUCGGUUCACUACCCGAGCACGACGCUGCUGCCGCCCGGCGACUCGACGGAGACGACGACCCAGGUCGCGGGAGGCAACACGUUCGCCUACGAGGUGAAUCACGUCUUCGGCACCACCGCUGCGAGCGACAUCCGCGGUUUCGACGCGAGGGACUCGACCGACCUGUCGCCGGUCUACGACAACUACUUCCCUUCGUCGGAGGACGAGGACGGCUCGCGCAACAACAGCUUCCAGCCGUACGGGAAAAACGUCAAGCCGGCGGACGCUACGCCCAUCAGCAACUACGUGGCGUCGUCGACGGUGGCGUCCUACCAGCCUCCCCUCGGCGCGAGCACGUCCAGCUGGGGCAAGGGUUCGGCCGGCGACAAGCCCGUCCAGGACCUGACGCCGCCUCAUUACCAGCGCUUCGGCAACGUCAAGAGCUUCGAGGUCUCCAACAGCAUCGUGCCGAGCCAGCCGACGACGCCUUUGCCGAGAAUCGAGCCGACCUACGAGGCCGCCAGCAGCACCGUUCACCCCUUCAGGAUACGCUAUUACGAGUCGACGCCGUCGCCGGAGGACCGGCAGAGCCCGGAGUCCCUCGUCACCGCUCGCAGCUCGUACGUGAAGUUCCGGAACAACCGCAUCGAAGGCAGCCGCAAGCCGGCGGAGAACGUAGCGACGACGGUAGCGACGGUGACGAGCCGAGACGUCACGGCGACCGUCAGCGACGUCACGCCCUACACCGGCACGUCGGCCAACACGUCCGGCGAGAGCAGCUCGCUCAGCGACGACCACUGGACCUCCUCGCCGAUGGUCACUCAGCUCUGGGAGACGACGGUGUUCGUGGACCCGCGUCGCGUCAACCACGGUCUCACCUUCUCCACCGACGACACUCAGCCGCCAUCCACGACGGACAGCGGCGUAAACGAGCCGGAGCUCAUCACCGGCGCACCGUCCACUCCGUCGACCUUGCCCCCCGAGGACAACACGGGCGAGACGACGACCAGCAGCCCCUGGCAAUGGGCGCCGAACGACAACAACUCGCCGGUGGCGUUCACUCUUCUGCCGACGACGUUCGCAGCGGAGAACACGGCGAGCCCGAUCAUCGCGACGCGAUCCAGCGUCACGACCACGAUCACGUCCUCGGUCACGACCGAUUCCGUCUCCCGCGGGACGAACCCGCCGUCCUCCAGCCUGCCGCCCUUCACGGUGACCGCCGGCCGGUGGAACGCGACCGAGAACGAGGCGAUGAAGGCGCAGGAGAUGUUCGGCAAGCUGAACGAGACCAGCUCCGACACGCUGAUGCGAGUGAUGAAGCAGGCCGACAACAACGAGACGGUGAGGCAGCUGGUGCUGCUGCUGAUAAACCACUGCAACGGGCCCAGGAACAAGACGAUGGAGCAGGAGAAGGAGCAGCUGCUGGACGCCCUCCUGAGAAUGCCCGUCAACGAGUUCAGCUCGGAGGAGUCGCGGGAGAUCGUCGCCGGUAUCAGCAGGCUCAGCCUGCCCAUUGGUAAAAUACGAGCGGCCGGUGCGGCGAGCAGCAGCACGACGACGACGACGACCAGGGCACCCCGAGCGUCAUCCGUGAGACCGACGUCGUCCGAGCCAUCGAUCACGACGUUCCGCAGCAGCAGGGCGGGACGGAGGUUCCGCACGACCACCGAGAGUACCAACGGCUUCGCCAGGAGAUCGGACGAGGACGUACCUGCGGACGCGAGCAAUUCUCUGUCGGAGGACGAGACCGUCGCGUCCGACGGCAGGGCUCUCGAGCUCCUCAGGUCGCUCUACACGGUAGCCGCUAAAUGGGGCUGAGGGGGCCGCAUAAUCGAUCGGAACUGCGCGUAGACGUCGGAAGACUCGCGAGACGAAGGUCUCGCUGGAGUACCGGAAGACGUUCCACCCGUCGACGACAGACGUCGGAGUAGAUCGUUGCUGUCACCCCGCGUCGCUCCGCUUAGCUAAACUCUUCGACCCUUUAAACUCACGGACUCCGCGCCCCGAACGUUAAAUCGGUUUUGAUCUCGGCCCGUAAAUCGACUACGUGAGAAACAAACGAGAGAACGCAAUCCACGGGUGAUCUCGUUCGGGGACGUCCGGCAACGUCCGAUCCGGUAUAUUCGCGGGAAGCGCCGGGAAUUCUCCUCUCCCCCUUUCUUUCUCUCAUCUCUCUCUUUUUCUUUUUUCUUUUCCAAAUCAUCGCGCACACGUGCGCACGCGCUUUCUCACACGUGCGGCACCGACGAAUUGGGUGAAGAUCCGGCGGCACACCUGCGUCCCUCGAAUCGAUAGCGCGCUGCGUCGCCGGUGAAGUUCGAUUUAACUUAGGGCCGAGAUUGACUUGAACGAUUUUCACCACCGCGCUCGCGGAUAUCAAGUGGAAGUCGUAACGACCACCGGUUUCGGCAACGUCGACUGCCGGUUGCUUGGUACCCGCGAUCGAUCGCUGUCGGUUAACAUGCGGAGUCCCGGUCGAUCGAUAAGAUCGCAGUAACAAUUAACCCGCUACGUAGUCCGACGCGUUAAGAGAUUAUUAAUGUAUUACUAUCGCCGUCCUCUUUAUUAAGAAUAAAACGUCUCGAUCGCCUCCGGACAUCGGCAGAAAAAUAUUACCUGCAAAAAUGCCUGCCAUACUUCGUCCCUCUCGUUCAACUACUUCGUGUGAGUGCUGCUGUACGGAUAUUCUAACUUAACUCUCUCAUUACCAAAUGCUUUUCUACACACACAUGUAUAUGUAUAUUAAAGAAAGUACGUAAAUUUUAUUUACUCUUAGCGCGCAGCAAUAUAACGGCAGAAUUUCUCGCAUUUUUCUCGCGUCUGAUUUUCUCCGCAACUUUUUCCAAUCAAUCGAUUCGUUCGAUUACACCGAGCGAGCGGAAGAGUGUCGCGAUAUGUAUUUCGAGAGAACGAUUUUGCGAAAAAAAAAAGGAAAAAGGGAAAAGCACAGUUUGAACAAAAAUCCGUGCGAUUCUGCGUUUGUCUAUUUUUUUUCUUUCAUUCUCUAUGCGAUGCAAUAAAUAAGAUCGCGCUUGGAGUGAGAGAGUUAAUUCUAAUCUAAUCUGAUGUAAUCGUAGAGCGUCGGACAGAGGCAUAGAGCAUGUCUGAUCGCGAAUCGAACUUAUAUCCGAAGCAUAAUACUAUACUCAUUGUAAAAUAGCGAAAUGUCCUUGCAUGCCAACGUAAAGGGGGUGAAAGCAUUUUGCAUGGCUGGUCCGCUCCUCUAAUAAUGUUCGCCGGGUACAUUCUCAAUUUGCGACUCGUCUCCGUUGAAUUGUACGCUUGAGAUUGGCGGGAUGUGGUGGCGCGUGGUGGUGAAUUGCGCGCGGCUCCUCGCGUCGAACCUCCUACGUGACACAAUUUCAUCCCCUUCUCUCGUGCCUCACCUUUUCUCGAACGAGAAAAUCCCGCUCUCCCGUUUCUCACCUUCGAAAAGUCCGCGUUCAUUUUCAGCCGGCGUCAAAUCCGUAUUCACGAGCUGCUUCCGCAACCGACUUCCGAUUACCGGGCCGAAAACUGUCACGUAUAUUCAGUAUUACGAAAAGAGCCCCGAGGGUAUUCCCGGGCGUGUCCGGCUGAUAUCCGCGGAAAUUACACACAUUCGCCUUCGCGAAUAACUCCUACAUGUACCGGCUAACAAUAAGCUACUUGUAUCCUGAAAUUACGGUGUUGGUAACGUUCCCUUUCGUUUGGCCAGCAAUUCGAGGUCAGCGAUCCCGCUUCCGCUGCGAUCCCGAAACGCGUCCAAACGGGGUUUCUAGGUCAUUAUUUAAGUACGCGAUCCAGCGUGUAGUUCGUAUCGACUUUAUGUAAUAUACCUUUGUACAGUAUGUGAAUAAAUAAACAGGGUUUUGUUUA